AUGUUUUUGCUGGGUAUUUUUAUACAUAUUGUAUUUCUUUAUUCAAUUUUCGAUAUUUAUUUUAAAUCACCUAUUGUUAAAAAUGUAAGCCCUUACCACCCAACACAUGAACCCCUGACUGACAGACUUGUCUUAUUUGUGGUUGAUGGAUUAAGAGCGGAAUCAUUUCUUAACUAUACGACAAUGCCAUAUUUGAGGUCAGUUGCUAAUAAUCAGGGGCGAUGGGGGAUUUCAAAUACUAGAGUACCAACUGAGAGUAGGCCAGGCCAUGUAGCAAUAAUUGCUGGAUUCUAUGAAGAUCCCUCAGCUGUAGCUAAAGGCUGGAAAGAAAACCCAGUAGACUUCGAUUCUGUAUUUAAUCAAAGCUCUUAUACCUGGUGCUGGGGUACAUAUGAUAUUGUGGAUAUAUUUACAAAGGACCCCAAGCUAGAAGACCACAUUUUUGUUCAAAAGUUUGAUCCCUAUGACCAAACUUAUAGUUCUGAUAAAAAUACAACCCUUUUAGACAAGUGGGUGUUUCUUUCUGUGAAACAUUUCUUUACAAAUGCAAAACAUAAUGGGCAACUCAUGCAACAACUGCAUAGCAAUAAGAUAGUAUUUUUUCUGCAUUUAUUAGGUACUGAUACAGCUGGUCAUACACACAAACCAAAGACUCAAAACUUCUUGACUACUUUAAAACAUGUUGACGAAGGAAUUAAAGAUAUGGAAAAGUUAAUCAGAGAUUUCUAUAAUGAUGAUGGAAGGACCACAUUUCUUAUGACUGCUGAUCACGGAAUGACUGAUUGGGGUUCUCAUGGCACUGGAUAUGAGCAUGAGACUAAAACACCCUAUGUUCUCUGGGGAUCAGGAGUGGAGAAAAUUCAGGGUGAGAAGAAUAUAGAUCAAGAAACUAAUUCAAUGUUUUAUGAACAUAGAUUUGAUUUGAAUCAAGCUGAUUUGACACCACUAAUGGCUACAUUUCUCUCCAUUCCAGUUCCAGUUAAUUCUAUUGGUCAACUUAAACCAAAUCUGAUGAAUCUAACAUUAUCAAAUAAAGCUAAAGCAGUCUAUAGUAACAGUAGACAGCUCCUUUCACAAUACAAUCAAAAGAGGCUUGAUGUUGAAGCAAAUGCCUUGUCUAUCUUAUAUAAUCCUUACAAACCUCUGGAUGGACGAAAAGUUGAUGAGUUAUUACAUUUUACAGAAAUGCUUUUAAAAAAUGAAGAGUAUGAACAAUUGAUUAUAUUUAGUGAAGAGAUAAUGAACCUUAGUCUUUCGGGACUUAUUUAUUACCACAAUUAUUAUCAAACUCCAUUGUUGAUUACAAUAACAAUGUCCUUCCUGGGAUGGAUAACAUAUUUAUUGAGGAUUUUAAUGCAACAAUCAGUAUUUUCACAAAUUGAUGUUACAAAUAAGAAAUAUCAAGUGACAGCUAAUAUCUAUAAGACUGUAGAUAAGAGUAUUUUAGGAUUAUCAAUAUUUAUAACUAUAUUAUCCAGUAUUAUAAUUUAUGCACAAAGUUUACCGAUACAGUAUUAUAUAUACUUCAAUCUUCCAAUGUUUCUUUGGUAUCAUUCAUUAUCACCCAUAGAAUUGUGGAUAAGAACAUUUAAUAUGUUUAUUCAAAGGAGGCAUUUCUGGACCUUGAUUAUUGGUGUUCUAUGCUAUACAAUAGGAUCAAUUGCAAUAGGCUUUUCAUUUUCCUACAGAUGGGUUCUUAGCAUACCACUUUUGGGAAUAAGUUUAUGGCCAACAUUUUCCCGAUUCAAACAUAAUAUAAAACCAGUUCUAUACUUGUCGUGGCCUGCUGGAUGCUUAUUAUUGAGCAUUUUUUCAUUUAGUCCUGUUGUAGGAAAGGAUGUAUUUAUUGAACUAGUAUUUCUGGGAGGCUUUCUUUGGCUACUGGUACUUUUGUAUCACGUAUGGUAUAUUUUUAGCCCCCAUACUGAUAACGAACAUGGUAUACGAGAUGUGAUGCUUACUAUUGUUCAUAUGGUCUUACUGACUAUGGCACUACAGAUUAUAUACAUCCAAUCAAAAAGAUUUGCUCAUGGCGCUCCCAUUUCACAGGUUUUGCAAACAGUUUGUUGGUUUAUUGGUGCCCUUUUACCGAUAUUACCUCUGAUGUAUACAAGGAGAAUGAAUAAUCGUAUUCUUGGAAUUCAUUCGUCAACUAUAAUAUUUUAUUUACUAAUGUCUGUAGCGCAUGAAGGACUCUUUAUCGUUGCAUUAAUAUUUAAUAUCACUUGCUGGAUGUAUAUAGAGUUUAAAUUACUUGAUAUCGGCAAUAAAGAGAUUAUAGACUGCUAUUUUGAUUCAGAUGAAAAAAGAAAGCAGAAGCAUUUGACAUCGUUCGAAAGGAGUAUUAGCAGUGAUGAUUUUAGAAGAGCUUUCUUCUUCUUAUUAUAUAUUGUUUUGUCAUAUUUUGGCACAGGGAACAUAGACUCGUUAAAUUCAUAUGAAGUGAGAUGGGUUUUGUGCUUUACAACUUCGUUCAAACCAUUCCUAAUCACAGGUUUAAUAGUCAUGAAGACACUGUCGACACAGCUAAGUGUUGCUUGUUGUUUUAAAGCUAUACAAAACUUAACUAAGGCACCAAUUGGAUAUACACACAUUAUUGUGCUGAUAUACUCAAAUAUAAUGGGUUUGCUAUUAUUGUACUGUGUAACGAACACUGGAAGCUGGCUCGAAAUCGGUACAUCUAUAUCCCAAUUUGUCAUAGUACAAAUAUUAACAUUGAUAAUUGUACUUAUCAACCAGCUAGCAAAACUACUGACAUACGUCGAUAUUUUUCAAUUACUUAUAAAAUUAUUUAAAAAUAGAAAGAAAUAUGUUUAA